UAAUUGCUGCCUUGCACCACAAGUUAAGACUGCAUAUAUACUGCCUACUCUGAAUUCUUGACACGAACUUGUUCUAUUUUUGUUGUUAUUUUAGUUUUCUAAGGAUUUUCCAUGGCUUUUUGGGGAAUCAAGUGCAACUAACGAGACAGCUGUUGAUCAAUUCCAAGGAAGUCUGAAUAGUGGUAAAGAGUUUGGGCAAGAGAGUGACAUUGGGAAGACCCCGAUGACAAGAACGGGAUGACCAGAAGGAGGCAAAGGAAACGGAAAGCUCCCAAAGAAAAGGAAAGAGGAAGAAGCACCAAGAGAAGGCGUGGAACUGAACCAAAGGGAAAAGAUGUCCCUGUAAAAGAACUUAUCAAGGAGAGAUCUGUUCUGAAAGUACUAAAAAAUUUGAGGGAUAGAGUUCAUCGACGGAUAAAGAAUGACCAAUUUGCAGGCAUGAAAUCUUAUAUAUGGUUGUUGGGUUCUGUGAUCCAAUACGAUAUUUCAUUUCUCUCUCAACCAAUAGGCCUAACCCUCAACCAAAUCUUAAGCAAAUGGCCCGCUCGGUCUGACCUGGACAACAUAAAGAUGGAUAUCAAGGCGGUGCAGAACGAGGAACUACUCAAGGCAAAGCAGUUUAUGAAUGCUGAUGAGAUGAAGAUGAAGGCACUUCCGGGAUUGGAAAAAAUAGAAAAGGACAUUAAGAAAUUAGAUAAAGAGCGAGUAAAGGACUCAGAGAAAACAGCUAAGCUUGCAGAAACCUUCCUUACUAAGGGCAUUAGCUUGGAGACCCUAGAAGAGGAGUUUUCUAAGGCUUUUCCAUGGCUUUUUGGGGAAGCAAGUGCAACUAACAAGGCUGCUGUUGAUCAAUUCCAAGUAAGCCUGCAAAGCGGUAAAGAGUCUGGUGAUAAGGAUAUGGAAGAUUUAGAAAAGGAACUUUUUAACAAGGACAAUUGCAACGUGGGAUUUUCAAACUUCCCAGGCUUAAAAGAUGCGAAAGACAGUGCUGAAGGUAAUAUUCCAGAUUGCCUGAAAUCUAUUGCUAACAAAAUCGAAGACGAACGUGGUAAACCUACAGACGAUGCAUAUCAAAAUACUCUACUCCUUGUCUCCGCUGCAGUCAAAGAGAUGGGAGAUGUGCCGGUUGAUGAACUCGACAAACAUAUAUUGCAUAAGUGAGCAGCUACGUAUAACCUGGCUAAGCAAAUGCAGUUCCAAGUGAAAUUUGUUGAAAAUAUGUUGAAGGAAAGCAUGCAUGCUUAUUUAAGUUUUUCAAAGAUACCGGAAAAUGGGUUCGGAAAUUAGAAGUGGUGGCAUAGUCUUGGUGGACAUGAUCACAACUUUUUAAUGGUUUUAUUGUUGUUGUGUUUCUUAUAUUUUAUCUUUCGGAACAUGGGAAUUUGAAGGUUUACGGAUUUGAUUAGAUUACCUUUUAAAUUAUUAGGAUUUGAGUGCUUUCUCAGGCUAAAUUAUGUUUGGUUAAGUUUAUGUUUUAACUACUAAAUUUUAAUUUAUUACGAAAAGUUUAUUAAA